AUGCGGCGAGAGGAGGCCGAGGCGGCGGCGGUGGCCGCGUCCAACCCUCGGGCUCGCAACCUGCAGCCGUCGGCCGUGGUGGCAGGUCGGCUAAGGGGGUCCCAGGCGGUGGUGGCGGCGCCCGGGAGUCUGCCGCCUGUGUCGAGCAAGGCGGAUAAGUUCCCGGCGCGGCCCGGAUUCGGGACCGUCGGGAAGAGGUGCCGCGUCCGCGCCAACCAUUUCCUGGUGCAAGUCGCGAACCAGGAUAUCCACCACUACGACGUGGCAAUUUUUCCGGAAACGAGGUCCCGAGAACGGAACAGAUCAAUUGUCAACGAACUUGUUAGACUUCACAGACAGUACCUGGAUGGUAGAUUGCCUGUCUAUGAUGGCAGAAAGAACAUAUAUACUGCUGGUGCACUACCCUUCAAGAACAAAGAAUUUGUUGUCAAACUUGCUAAUGCUGCUAGAGGGCACCAACGGGAGGAAGAAUACAAGGUGACUAUACAACAUGCUUCAAAACUGGAUCUGUACAAUCUUCAACAGUUCUUGGCUGGUAGGCACAGGGAGUUGCCACAAGACACUAUCCAAGCACUAGACAUCGCUCUAAGGGAAUCCCCCGCAGCAGAGUACUUAUCAAUCUCAAGAUCAUUUUUCUCGCAGUCAUUUGGCCAUGGUGGUCCGAUUGGCAAUGGUGUUGAAUGCUGGAGGGGGUACUACCAAAGCCUGCGCCCCACACAGAUGGGACUGUCACUAAACAUUGAUAUUUCGGCUACAGCAUUUUACAAGGCCCAACCAGUGAUGGACUUUGCGAUGGAAUAUUUGAGCAUGCGAGAUUCUUCAAGGCUGUCUGAUCAGGACCGUCUUAAGCUGAAGAAAGCCCUUAGAGGUGUCCGGGUUGUGGCCACUCAUCGGACAGAUAAAAAACUCCGUUACAAGAUUACCGGGAUAACCCAAGCUCCAUUGAAGGAUUUAACCUUUGAUCAAGAUGGGACGCGCACAUCGGUUGUUGAGUACUUCAAGAAGCAGUACAAUUGCUCAUUGAAAUAUAUUAAUUGGCCUUGCCUUCAAGCUGGCAGUGAUAGCAGCAGGCCGACAUAUUUGCCUGUGGAGGUUUGCAGCAUAGUUGGGGGACAACGGUAUUCUAGAAAGCUGAAUGAACGCCAAGUUACAGGCAUACUGAAGAUGACAUGUGAACGUCCGGCACAAAGGGAGAAGAGUGUUCUGGAUAUUGUUAACAGGAAUAAUUAUUCAAAUGACUUCUAUUCAAAAGAAUUUGGCAUGAAAGUGACAAACCAACUUGCAUUGGUUGAUGCUCGUGUACUUCCUGCCCCAAGGCUUAAAUAUCACGAAUCUGGACGAGACAAAGUAUGUGAUCCUUUCGUAGGACAAUGGAACAUGAUUAACAAGAAAUUUGUCAAUGGAGGAUCGGUCAACUAUUGGGCAUGCCUAACUUUUGCUUCUCGCCUGCACCCAAAGGACAUUGGCAUGUUCUGCAACGAUCUUGCCCGCAUGUGCAAUAGCAUUGGCAUGCAAAUGAAUAUGAAACCAUGCGUGGAUAUCACACAACCAAGCCGUCAGGAUAGUGUGGAGUCUGCAAUCAGAACUAUCCAUAGGAAUUCUUCACAAGUACUUGCUCAGCAAGGUCUAGCAGGGAAGCAACUUGAGUUGUUGAUCAUCAUACUACCUGAUGUUAGUGGUUCUUAUGGAAGGAUUAAACGGCUUUGUGAAACCGAGCUUGGUGUAAUAACUCAGUGUUGCUUACCUAGAAAUGUUCAAAAGGGUGGAAAACAGUAUCUUGAAAAUCUUUCUAUGAAGAUCAACGUUAAGGUUGGAGGUCGGAAUACCGUGCUUGAAAAUGCUUUGUACAAGAGGAUACCACUUCUGACAGAUGUCCCCACCAUAGUUUUUGGAGCUGAUGUCACACACCCAUCUCCUGGAGAAGAUGCAUCUCCUUCUAUCGCUGCGGUUGUUGCAUCGAUGGAUUGGCCAGAAGUUACGAAGUACAAAUGCUUGGUAUCUUCACAAGGUCAUAGGGAUGAAAUUAUAGCUGACCUUUACACAGAAGUAAGAGAUCCACAGAAGGGGCUUGUUGCCGGCGGGAUGAUAAGGGAACUGCUUGUCUCUUUCUACAAAGCCACUGGAUGCAAACCUAGCAGGAUUAUAUUUUACAGGGAUGGUGUUAGUGAGGGACAGUUCAGCCAAGUUUUGCUCUAUGAAAUGGAUGCAAUUCGCAAGGCAUGUGCUACUUUACAGGAGGGAUAUCUUCCGCCAGUUACAUUUGUUGUUGUGCAAAAGAGGCAUCACACUCGCCUAUUUCCUGAAAACCAUGGUGCACGAGAUUUGACGGAUCGAAGUGGAAAUAUACUGCCUGGAACUGUUGUCGACACAAAGAUCUGUCAUCCUAGUGAGUUUGAUUUUUACCUCUGUAGCCAUGCUGGUAUUCAGGGAACAAGCCGCCCAACACAUUAUCAUGUUCUUCUCGACGAAAACCGUUUUACCGCUGAUGCCCUGCAAACCUUGACUUACAAUCUUUGCUACACUUAUGCUCGGUGCACCCGCUCGGUCUCCAUAGUUCCCCCAGCGUAUUAUGCACACCUGGCAGCAUUCCGUGCGCGCUACUACAUGGAGGACGAGUUUUCUGACCAGGGUUCGUCGUUGGCCACAUUGCGGACGGAUGAGCGGUCCGCGCCUGUGAGGCAGCUCCCAAAGAUCAAGGACAACGUAAAGGAGUUCAUGUUCUACUGCUGA